AUGACAGACGCGCCAGAGAAGCCGCAGGUGACAACUGCAGCUGCUGCCGCCUCCGACGACACCACCAAAGCUGCGCCCACGUCCCCAGCACGGAGCGAUAAGAGCAGCGAUAGCGAAGGAAAGAAUGUUAGGGAAAAGCUCAAGGACACACAGAUCGAUGCGCAGGCCACAUCGGAUCCCGUCCCGAGUUCCGAUCGGCCCAUGAACGACGCACCCAACGGCAGCGUUAAAGCUGGCGAACACAGCGCUUCUGGCUCAGACAGCGAGCGCGGACGGUUACGACGCAAGCGCAGCCGGGAAGACUUUGAAGAGGAAGCCGAAGCGGACAAGCACCCAGAAAAGAAGGUUGAGCGACAUGCGCGCAAGAGGUCAAGGGACAUCACAGCCGACCUGGAGGCUGGUGUGCCCGGAAAGCCUUCUCCAAGUACUAUCUCAAGUAUCCAAGAGAACGACGGGGACGAGCAGAUGACAUCGCCCAACAAGAACACAUCCACGACCACUGCGGCCGAUAAGACCCCAGGAGCCGGAACAAGCCCCAAAAACAAGCGCACACGCGAUCAAGUCGAGAAGGAUACAGAUGCUAGCGCAGAAGCGGCGGAAGACGCCUCGGCAAAUGGCAAACCUGCAGAAAAGUCGGCAGGCGAGGAGCGAGACACCAAGCGGUUACGAGACAAGGAAGCAGCCGAUUCAACAACGGACACAACAGAGUCGAAGACCAAGAUACCGCCAGGCAGUGGGUUUGCCAACACUUCCGCCGCAUCGCCUUUUGCCGCUAUGGCAGCCAAACCUCAACCGCCGAAGACUUCCGAUAAGGCCGAAUCAUUACCUCAAACGUCGGACGAAAAGUUCAAGUCAUCUGGCUUCGGCGGCUUUGCAACCUCAGCUGCGUCUCCAUUCGGGGGCCUUGCUGGUUCUAAACCAAGUUCUAGCUCGCCUUUCGGUGGGGCAAGCGCGGCCAAACUGUCCUCUUUCGCAGGAAGCGCAGCCUCCUCAACGCCAUCAAUUGGUGGCUUCGGAGCACUGGGAAGCUCUGGUACAUCCGGGUUUGGAGGCAGCUCUUUUGGUGGAUCGCUGGGUGGGGGCUUUGGAGGCUUCGGCGGAGCCAAGCCCGUAGGCUCUUUCGCUGCUCCUGGUGGCAGUUUGGAGAUUAAGGGUCUCAAGGAGAAAGAGAAGCCUUUUGGUGCUGCUGCAAUCGGCGAGCCUUCUGAUGAUGAAGAGGGCGACGACGACGAAGACCCAGAAAAGAACGCAGACAAGGAAGAGCGACAAUCAAGUCAGCCGCUCCUCUCGCAACAACCACACGAGACUGGUGAAGAAGGCGAAGAGACCAUCUGGGCCGGCCGCGCAAAGCUUUACAACAUGUCUGGCGAAGGAUCAAAUAGAGGGUGGAAAGAGCGUGGCGUGGGAACAUUCAAGUUCAACAUCACGGUCGAUGAACCCAAGAAGGCUCGCUUUGUCCUCCGUGCUGAAGGUACCCACCGACUGCUGCUAAAUGCUGCCGUCACAAAGAGCUUGGUAUUUGGAGGCGAUGCACAGGGUGACAAGCCGAAGGAUACCCGGUUGCUCUUCAAUUCGCCUAAUCUGGAGGGUGAAUUGGAGAUGCACCUACUCAAGCUGAAAGCCGAAAACGCAAAGCAGCUCUGGGAGGAGGUCACUAGGGUAAAAGAAGAGCAGCUAUAG